GUAGAAGAAGAAAGUGCAUCGGCUGUUUGCGCAGGCGCAGCUAAUCGGAAGUCGACAGAAAGAAAGCUCGAGAAAAGGGCUCCAUUACUUCGAGAGGCCGUAGUGUUUUAAGAUCCGAAACCAUGGUGAAGAUAUUUGUAGGAAAUCUUCCCCGAGAGGCCAACGAGGACGAAAUCAAGGAGCUCUUCACAGAGUAUGGUACAGUCACAGAAUGUGCCAUCAUCAAAAACUUUGCGUUCGUCCACAUGGAUGACCGCAAGGCCGCCACCAAAGCCAUCAAGAAUCUGCACCUGCACAAGCUUCACGGCACCCCGAUCAACGUGGAGGCCAGCCACGGGAAGAACCAGGGCUCGGUUAAGCUGCACGUAGCUAACGUGGAGAAGGGAUGUGACGACGAGCUCCGCGCUCUCUUUGAAGAGUACGGUACAGUCACGGAGUGUGCUGUGGUUAAGAACUUUGCUUUUGUUCACAUGCCCAACUAUGACGAGGCCAUGGAUGCCAUCAAAGGUCUGGAUAACACAGAGUUUCAAGAUAAACGCAUCCAUGUCCAGAUUUCCAAGAGUCGUCCCAAGUAUGAUGAACACGAGGACUAUCCUCCUCCUCCUCCUCCCCUAGACAGGGGGGGCUACUGGCCUCCACGCUAUCCAGGAGAGCGUCACGAGCCACCCCCACCCAGCUACAUGAGGGGCCGCAUUAUGCCCCCAGGUUACCCUGCCCCUCCUCUGCCACCGCCUCCCCCCAGACGAGCUGUUUAUCCCGAUCGUCCCUACGAGACUGAUAGGGAGAGAUACAGCGUAGUAGAUUACUAUGAGAAGUACCGAGCCCGUCCGUAUGGCAUAUCCCCCUACGAGGAUCAGCGUGCUGGUAUCCCACCUCCUCCCCCUCCACCCUCAGCCGUCGUCCGAGAGCGUCUUAUGACCUCGUCGCUCGACCCUUAUGAGCGUCGACCCCUUCCACCGCCUCCUCCUCCUCCGUCAUCGUACUAUGUCAGAGAUCGUAGCCCCAUCAGGAGGGCACCUAGCGCACCACUGCCCCCUGCCAGUAAUGGCUACCCCUACGAGCGCUCUGCAUACGCAGUUCCACGUGCCAGGGACCCCUACGCAGACCGGCUGCCUCCGCCGCCGCCACCUACACGCUACACUUAUUAAGCGAGACGUCGGCAUUUGCAGGAUUGUCGUCCGACUGCGUCGCCGCACGCCGCCUCCUGGUGCAUGUGACUAUCCUCUUCCUGUCUGCGGCUGAGCGCGUUACGUUCCUCUGCGACUCUCACAAGAGGAGCCGAGUCGCCGACGUCCAUGCCUGUCUGUUUUUAUCAUUUGGGGACUAUUUUUAUAUCUAUAUUUUUGCCUUCUGACUGUUUUAGUGUGUAAUUGUGCUGUAGUGUUUUUAUUGGGCGUUUUCGUUUAAGGCAUUAUAGUGUGAUCCUUAGACCAUCUCAGCAGCAGUUUGAAGGCGCUACUUGUUCUGGUAUCGAAUCAAAAUCUGCCUGCUGGAAGUUUUCCAUCAAAACCCCAAAAAACCCUUUUGGAGCUGCUGUGAAAAAUGAAUCUUUUAAAGUUGUAAAAGUUAGCUAAGCGUAACUGUUAAUCAAACAGCUGCAUAAAAGCGUUUAGUGUCUGUUAAACCUCUUUCUAAUAAAGCCGAUUGGUGCAGUAAAUAUUCAUAAAUGUGAUCAAAACUCAGCGCUGAAACAUCACUGUAAACAUUUGAAUUAAUUGAAAUACUGUUCUCUGAUUAAUAACUAGUAAAAAAAAAAAAAGCGUCCACGCUGAUUAAAAACAUCUCUCUGGUCUGUGUGAGCUCCUCCAACUUUGAUCAGUUUACCAGCGGGCCACUGAAACUGUUCCCCCACCCUGGACCAGAAUCAUUUUAAUAUCUUUGCUAUGCAGUUCAGAUAGACUGCAUAGCUGAGACUAGUUAAUCUGGGGGGAGGGCUGACAUCAGUCUGCUGGAGACCUUCACACUAAACAGGUAAGUCAAGGGAGAGGCCAACACAGGCACAUGUUGACAUACUGUUAAAUGACUGUAGAGACAACGGUUAAUAUGAAUGGAAAUUUUCCUGGUGUUUCAUCGGCUCUGAUUCUAAAUUAUACAGCUGAUCUUACCAGUUUAUACCAGGAAUGCAUGACUGUCUAUACAGAUGGGUGACAAAAUGAGUGGAAACAGGCUGAAUUCACGUCAUAGAAGGGUUUGGUUUUUCAUGAGGAGUUGAACUGACGUUCAUGUGAAUAAAAUUUAAGCGGAAGUGGUCGUGAUUCUGCGCUGGUGUAGUUCAGGCGUGAUGAACAAACAGCAGGGCUGUGAUGCAUAAAUCUCUGAAGAUGAAAGUCGAGUAGCAUCAGGCUAGAGACGUAGAGCAGAGCGAGUUGAUUUCCACUGCAUUAGUAACGUAGUGCAGGUGUGCAUGAUUGACAUCUACAGGAAGAGUGCUGUCUUUUUUUUAAUACUCUGGGAUAACUGGCAAGAAAAAAUGAGCUCUACAUUUCCUCUGUAUAUGUGUGUGUGUGUACACUCAAAAAAAGGACAUUUGCCUUUUUGAAUGAUAUUAGAAUGAGCCUGAAAUGUUCUGUAAUCCUUACAGGUGAACUUAAUUUGACUUUCUCCAAACUUUUAUGCACAUGUCCAACUUUUCAGUCUUUAAAUAGUCAUUACAUAACGUGCUCCUCUCUAAGAACAUGAUAAACUACAAAAUAAGUGUCUGAACCAUGAAUCCACCAGUAAGUGUGGUGGUUCAUCAACAGCUUAUAUGUCAACAGUCCUCUUCAUCCUCAUCAGACCAAGACGGCACCUGAAACUUGAUAAGCUAUUGAGCCAUCAUGUGGUAUACCGCCCCCUGUUAGCUUUUGUUUUAUUAACUUGUUUGAAAUGAUGGGAAUAUAUGUUUGUGAGAAAUACACUUGAGGGAAUUAUACAAUCAUACUUCUAUUCAUUGUCUUGCAAAGACAUAAUGUUGGUUUGUCACCCGUCUGUAGAAUGAAGUCAUGACUAGAGUGUUGCCAGUGAAUAAUUUAUAUCGGCAGCAUUUAGGGCCAUUUUGGGCAAAAUAAGGUUGAAGGUUUAAAUUAUUUUUAAACCUUUGUUGAAAUAUCUGUUCAUAGUACUGUAGAAAUUCUGACGAUUGUCGGAUAUUUGCAGCGUUUGCCAUGUAUUACCAUUUUUGGAACCUGACCUUAUCAAAUAAAAUAUUUUAAACAA